UGCGAUGCAGUAUACUUCAUAGCAGUUGGCGCAUUUCCUGAGUCCUGGUUAAACGAAAUUGUACAAGCCGCCAUUCCCGUACACAUCGUUAUGUACGCUGUAGCUGAAAACACUUGCCUGGAUAGGUACCAAAACAGCCGUCAGAAAAUAAGUAGUCGUUUUCAUGCCUAUGUGGAGCCAUCAAUCUCGCAGCAACAGUUGACUCCGACCUCGCCGGCCAGCCUGGGCUACAUUGUUUCCGAUGACAGCCGUCUAAUUGUGGAAGAGAUGGAGAAAGCACGAAACUCUCUUGCACUCAUACAAAGCAUCAUUGCACUCCGGUCGAGUCAUUCACAUGUUGGUGAAGUAAGAUCUCAGAAAAGACCACCAUCUGAGCCCUUUGGUUGGCAUUCGCGCAAGUUAACGGAGGCCUGGCUUGCACGUUUUGGAGUAGUAGCACAGAAACUGACUGUUGAGGACGUUUUACCAGCCCUUUCUUUCCAGCACUGCGAUGGUUUUGUCCGGUUGCCGUCUGCACCAACCUGUUCUCCCCUGGAAUGUGGUGCUGUCAUUAGCCCCAAAUAUGUCAGCGCGGUCUACUGCCAAGACUUUGUGCACAUUUGGUGGAGAGAUGGCAGACUGUUUCACACCCAGGUGUCUCCACUGGACUAUCGACGAUAUCAAAAUCGAAUGCGAAUCUGCCUUGGACGCAUUAGGAGACGAAUUCGGCGCUUGGAAAUGGAUCCGCUGGGAUCUUUUUCUGUGAAACUUCAGGAUCAGGUUCGUUGUUAG